AUGAGCAUGAUCAUAUUUAUGAUCAUUGGUAUAACCGCCAUAUACGGUGACCAUCCGUUAAUAGACGACAUGAUGAGUUACGUUGGUGAUAAAACACUGAUCGGAUAUCCGUUGAGUGCGCGCCGGGAGUCGCGGAUCAGUGUUAGGGUUAGUCUAAUGCGACCGUUGGUGGCCAUCAGUUUCGCCCUAAUGUUGGCCAUAUUCUACCCGUUUUGCAUAUAUCUGCUGGUUAUGCAAACAAUAUGUCACGUGACAGUAAUAAUGAUCACAAAUGUUACAAUAGUGUCCGUAUUGUUUGCUAUUACGGCGGCCGAGUUUUUCGUUGCAAAACCACGAGUAUCACCAUGUGGUAAAUCAAUUGCUACUCAAGUGCCUGUAACGAGCCCCGAUCAUCAUAUAUUGACUGCAAACAAGCAUGGUGUUUUGACCAUAACGCUGAACAGACCUGAAGGCCGUAAUGCACUCACGCCUAAAAUGUACGAAAACUUUAGCAAAGCCUUACGAUCGGCGGCAACCAAUGAUACGGUCACUAUGGCUAUGAUUACAGGCACCGGAAAGUACUUUAGCACUGGAAAUGAUCUUGGUAAUUGGCUGAACCCCCAACCUGGCACUAAUAGUGAUAUGAGUGAAAUAUCAGAACUCAUCAGUUCUUUAAUAGACUUUCCAAAGCCAUUGAUCGGUGCUGUAAACGGCCCGGCAAUAGGUAUAGGAGUGACAGCAAUUGCGCUCAUGGAUACAAUGGUGGCCAGCGAUGCGGCAUAUUUUCACACACCGUUCACAUCGUUGGGUUUAACAGCCGAGGGGUGCAGUUCUUACACUCUACCUAAAAUAAUGGGCACAUCUCUUGCCUCAGAUAUGUUGUUAUUUGGCCGCAAACUGACGGCUGCGGAGGCCCUACAGAGCGGACUCGUGGCACGUGUUAUACCCGGAGCCGAGUUUAGCUCAUGGGUUGAGAAGUGGGUGUUUGACGGGACGACUGGUUUGAUAAAC